AUUACGCAGGGCCAUCAUUUGAUUUGGAACCGACGACACCGUCGUAUGUAACCGCCGCGCGCGCGCCACCGUAAUCAUCGCCGUCGUCGUCGUCUUCGUCGUCCUCUUCUACUGUCCGCUACCGCAUCCGCCGCCGCCGCCGUUCUCUUCUCGCCCGUUACAAUACGAAGUGUAUGAAACUAUAUCGUCGAACAAAUUAUUAUUAUUAUUAUUAUUAUAUCAUCAUCACUGCGGUGCAUCAGUAUUAUACCUAUUUAUACAUGUAAAAUCAUUAUUAUCCAUAUUACCUAUACAAUAUUACGUACGGGCCGGUUUUUGCUUUUGGCCACCGCCUCCCCUCGUUUUCCUUGGACGUCCUCAUCACUCGAUUUCGCUCUGGCGGGCCACACGUACUCGACCUGCAGGAUCGACAACAGCAAAAUACUAUACCGAAUAACAACUACAUUAUUAUAAUACACUUAGCCGGUAAACUCACCGACAAACUUUUUACGCACACGUCGCGAAAUUGCAGUUGCAUCGUCCACAUUAUCGUAGAUAAUAUAUAGUACGUCGUUGUCUCGUCGUCGGUACACACGUGCGCGCCGCCCGAUGAGAUAACGGUACGUGAUAACGCAUCGUCAUGGACUACUCGUACCUGAACCAAGCCAACUUCGAUGGUCUGACCGGCACCACCACGGCGGCGUCCAACAUGGACCACGCGGCCAUGGGAUACGGUGACCUGACCGCGUGUGGCCAAAUGACGCACGCCGCGUACCGGUUCGGUCCCACUGCGUCCAUGGCCGCCCGGUCGUACAACACGGCCAUGGGCCAUCACCUGUCAGCCGCCGCAGCCGCAGCGGCAGUCGCGUCCGGCAACGGCCACAACGGCACCGGUGUCACAUCCGCCGCCGCCGCAGCAGCCGCAGCCGCCGCCCGUGGUCACCAUCACGGUCAUCACCAGGACCAUCACCCGGGGCGGCCAACCAUGUUCUCGACCGCAAUGAACUUACCAGGUGGGUUAGCGGCGUAUAAAAGUCUUCCGUAUACCACUCAUGACAGUAUUCUUACGGAAAAAAGGAAACAAAGGAGAAUACGGACUACAUUUACUUCAGCACAGCUGAAGGAAUUGGAAAGAGCUUUUCAGGAAACACAUUAUCCUGAUAUAUAUACCAGAGAAGAGAUCGCCAAACACAUAGAGCUUACCGAAGCCAGAGUUCAAGUGUGGUUUCAGAACCGCCGGGCGAAAUUCCGAAAACAGGAAAGGCUAGCCCAGCAAAAAUCGUCGCAGUCCAGCAGCAGUAGCACUGUGGACGCGACCAGCAUAAAAACCGAACCGAAACAGUGCGGUCAAUCGAAAGACGGCAAGCCUGGCACACCGUCCACGCCGGGCAGCAUAUCUUCGAACAACGGUUCUAGCGACAUGAAAUCGGUCAAUGGAUCAGCGAUAAAAAUGUCUGAGCAGUCGGAAGGGGUGAACAACAACAAAUGGCUGUUGGGCCAGGGCCAGAAUUACACGCAGCUCCACCACCAGCUUCAGCAACAGUGCGGUGGUGGCAGUGGCGGCGGCGGUGGAGGCGGCGGUGGCGGCGGCGGCGGAAACGGUUCUCCGGGAAACAAUUCGCCGGCUCACAAGAUGAACGGCGGCGGUGGCGGAACACACAAUCACAAUCACCACCAUCACCACCACUCGCCGACGUCGCAUCACCAACAGUUCGCUCACCACCCGUUCAGCCUGUUGGGCGCCGCCGGACCGGCCGGCUACCUGCUCGGUUCCGACUCGCUCAAGGUCAGCGGUGGCGGUGCGGGCGGCGGACCAGCCGGGUCCAACCACGUCUUGUUCUGAGCUACGCCGCAUUGAACCGCGGGCAAACUUGGUUACUACAGUAAUAAUAUUAGGUAUAAUAUUAUUAAAUCAUAACAAUAAAAAAUAUUCACAACAAUAAUAUGGUAGGUACCUACACUGAAACUUCGAAGAGUUGCUCUGCAGUACCUACCUACAUACACAUGCUGCACGAUUAUCAACAAUCGCAUUUCACCAUUUUGUACAUAAUAUUAAUAUUAUUAUAAAUAAUAAUAUAAUAUACAAAAAUCAUUUAUAUAUUGUACACAGUGUUGUUAAUAGAUACUUUAAGCAAAGAUUGUCUUACGCGUUGUGAGAAUAAACCAUAAAAAUUAUAUUGUAUACUGUACUUUUAUUUUGAUCUUUUAAUAUAUAUUUUGUUUUCUUCUCGUGGAAUAUAAUAAUGUUUCAAGUAGGAAUUAAUGGUAUAAUAUGAGAUUCGGUAGGUGUAGGUAAUAAUAUAAUAUCACGAAAGGGUAUGAAUUCGAAAACCGUCAUAAGUCAUGUGGUGUUGUACAGUUAUAACUUAAAAGUUUAUAUAUUAUAUAUAUUAUCGUAUCCGUUGCUGUGGGGGGUGACUGUGUUGUCCGGGAGUGGGUCUAUGAGGGGGUGUCUUGUAGCACCCACACAUUUCAGCUUCUAGAUCCACGCCAGGUGUUGCCGUGGGGGUGACUGUGUUGUCCGGGAAUGGAUCUAUGAGGGGGUGUCUUUUAGCCCCCACGCAUUUCAGCUUUCUAGAUCCACGCCAAGUGUUGCCGAAGAGAGGUGAUCGUCGGUUUUGUCCGAAAUCGCGUGCAUAAUAAUAUCCAAAAAUAAUAACACCCUCGAUAAUAUUAUAUUCCUAUUAUAUAAAAAAAUAUUUUGCGAUCGCGUAUUUUCACCACGUGUUUAUAGUUAUUUAUAAUAUAUUUGUAGCCCGCGACUGUAUUCGGUCGGUAUUGUGCGACAACCAUUUAAACUAUGUGCCUGUCUAUAUAUUAUAUUAUAGAUAUAAGGUAUAAUGUAUAUAAUAUAUUAUAUAGACACGGGGCGGGUACGUUGAGGCCAACCCCAAAAAGUAUAUAAUAUAAACACGCCCCUCGAAUUUCCCGUUCUAUAUAAGUAUAGGAGAAAACGACGAACAUCGGAGUGCACUUUGAUGGUCGAUAAUACGCCACCCGCGUAUAGACGUAUAGUGUAUCGUUUUGUGGGGUUAAUCGUUCGAGUGUAUAAACAUAUUAUGUAACCGAUUCGGUAACCGCUCGGCCGUCCUCUGCAGUGUCGUGUUAAGCGAGGGAGGAAAAAGGUCAGGGGAAAGGGCAGUUGCCCGAGUAUAAAAUUUUUUGGAGGCACCGACAUAUUUAAUGUGCGUGUCUGUAUAUGUGUGUGUGUGUAUGUUUUUGAGUGCAUAUUUUAGCAAUACUUCCUGAGUUCUUUCAACAAUAAUUAUAAGAAAACCGGAUUCCAAGAAAAAAAAUUUUAAUUUAAAGUUUUUACUUGCUUCGUUUGCGCUCGGUAAGUGAGUAUAAGUAGAAUAAUGAUAAGAAAUAGCGACCACCAUCAAAUGUCCUUGUGGGUGUCAAAUUAGUUAUCAGUGGUAAUUUUCGAAAUCAUCUGUUUGAGUUUACUCAAGGCCCAAUAAUAAAAUAUAUUAUGGUGAGAUAGAAUUUAUAGUUGUUGAUUUAACUAGCCGUAUGGGUUUUAGUCCAACCGGUGAAAGACAAUCGAGAAAAAUCUGUGAUUUUCAAAUAGAAUUUUUAGAAAAAGUUCCGGUCCACUGCAUUUAUUAUACACCUAGAACGCGUUGGGUUCUCUUGACCGAUUGAGCAGUGUACCGAUAAGUAACUGUUAGGUUUACAUACUUUUUUUUUUAUUGAUCUUUAAAAAACAAAUGUUGUUAAUUUUAAAAACUUUACAAUAACAGUAAUAGACUUAUAAUAUUUUUAAAUGGUUA